UAUCUAAUCAGCUGUUCCUGUCAUUGUAAAGUUAUUUUUGUUGUUGUAGAAUGAUACAAAACACCUCAAUAGCAAAUAUAGUAAAAUUAUGGAGCCCUUCAAAGUCAACAAACUAAGGAAAUUGAGUUUAAAGAAUUUGAAAAAUAGUUUCAGUUCUAAAAGGCAGGACACCGUUGAAUAUACCCCGGGAAGUUCUUCGCUUAUACCGAAUCUGGGCCGCAAUGAAAAGGAGAAAUCCAAUCCUUCCACACGUAAUUGCGCUAUAAUUUUGGUUAAGAAUAUUAAAAAGAAAUGUAAAGGAACGCUGAGUAAUUGUACGAAACUUAAAUCUGAUGUCAAUUUGCAAGACGAAAGCUCAAUGUCACAAUCCGUACCGAUUAUAUUGUUAGAAGUAAAUGCACCACCUCCAUUACCACCUCGAUCGGUCAAUAAUAAUGUAUUACCUCAUAAAAGUCGCGGAAUCAAAGAGGAACUCUCAGAUUUGGUCAAACAUGGUUGGUACUGGGGUUCAAUUUCACGUGCAAAAGUGGAAGAAAAAUUACGAAAUCAACCUGAUGGCUCAUUUUUAGUUCGAGACUCUUCCUCCGACAAUUAUAUUUUAACAUUAAGUUUUCGUAGUUCCGGUCGUGUGCUCCAUACACGAAUUGAACACAGUUUCGGUUGUUACAAUUUUUUUUCACAACAAGAAGGUUACACCAGUGUGGUCGAUUUGAUCGAAUCUUCGAUGGUACGUUCGGCUGGUUCAAUUUUAUGUUACGUAGCCAACAGAGAAAAUGAUCUCCAUCCCAGUUAUCCGGUACAAUUGAUAAAGCCCAUUUCACGUUUCACUCAAGUCAGAGAUUUACAACAUCUCUGUAGGUUUGUUAUACGACAAUAUGUAUCUGUUAAUAACAUAAUGAGUUUACCACUUCCAAAAACUUUGAAGCUAUAUUUACAACAAGAUUAUUGGUAGUACUAGAAUGUGAACUAUUUGUGUGAUAUCUUUUUUGUUAUCCUAUUCUUAUUUUUAGUUUUAUAUUUAUUGUUUGUCACAUCGUAAGGUGGAUUUAUUUUUAACAACACUAAAAUAUUUAUUACUACCACCCACCCAUCAAAAUUCAAAUUAGAUCUUAGUUUGAAAUGAUUGUAUAUUACUUGUGUUUUGAUACAUUUUAAAUAUUAAUGUAUAAUUAAGAUAGUGUCAGUUGAGAACAUGUUCUUUGUUUUAUUGUAAAAUGAUUGUUAUUAGCAAUAAAUAUGCCUUAGCUAUGGGCAUAAGCGAAACUAAU